UGAAAACAAGGGAGGUCAGUGGAAUUUGUGCGAUAUUUGUCACAAAGAAUAUUCCAUGGUUUUAACCCCAGCUCAUUUUAAAGCAGUAACAUCCCAAGGCCAGCUUCCUUGGCUCAAAGUGGCAGGAGAGUUAUUAUUAUGAUUCAUAUUUACUAACUUAGUACCUAAGGACCAACUAACAAUGGGUCCCCAUUGUGCUAGGCAAAGUACAACAGAGAAUAGUAGAUGGCCCAUGCCCUGAAGAAUUUACAGUGUAAAUAGACAAGACAGACACAAAAUGGGGGGAAGGGGUAGAACCCACUGUUAGAAUAGUGAUAUUCAGGCUUUCCUGUAAAGCCUAUACCUUAAGAACUUAGGUGCAUUUUUAUCACUUAGCUACUUACAGGGGUAUAAAAACAAAGAAUCGAAAUCACAGUCUGCCUGUGUCUGGGCCUUGUCUCACUAGGAGAGUCUGACGCCUUGUUCUUAGGCUAAGGCCUUUGGCUAAGCAGCAGGGGCAGCCAUAAGCUGGGAAGCGUAUGGUCACAUCCUCACAUCCCAAACAAGUCACACUGAAAUAAGGUGCUAUUGGGCUGUUAGGAAUACGAUCCUGUCCAGAUAGUGCCCAUCACCACCAGAUAAAGAAACAGACCUUAAGAUGGUUAAAGAAAACUUAGUUUGAUAGCAUCCUGUCUGGCAAGAAAUCACUUAUUAAUGGUUGUGGUUGUGAAACCCACAUUUGUAUUUUGUUUUAUCUUUAUGGCCACCACUUUUACAUGGUUCAUUAGUCUGGUUCUCUAAUUGUUUCUGUUUGCUGUAUAAUUAAUUUUGCUAGAUGCAAGUUAAUUAGGGUAGUGGGAUAUAAUUGGUUAGAGAAUUAUGUUACAACAUGUUAGAAUUGGUUAGUUAAAUUUCAGUACAAUGAUUGGUUAAGGUAUAGCUGAGAAUAUUAUUAUAUAAACACGGUCAAACAGGAAGGGGAAGGGAAAUUGGAAUCAUGUUUGUUAAGGGGGGGGAAAGGGAACAGGGAACGGGGAUGCAGGUAAAGCUCAGCAGCAUUAGAGCUGGGAAGGGGGACACGGGGUAAACAAACUAUAUCAGUGUAUCGAGAUAAGCCCGACUGGUGUGAAGGGCUUCAGAAUAUGCUUGCUUGGAAACUAACCCCAAUAAACAUCGCAUUGUCUGCGCUUCAGACUUCUCGUGUUUUGCUGCUCGCUGUCUGCCUGACAAGAACCAGUGAAGUGGGAGAGUGAAGGGAAAGCCCUCUAACAAAACUGGCAUGACCUGAUAACCAAAAGGUAAGCCUUUAAGGAAGGAUUUAAUACAUUUUGGAACUGAUCCGGGAUUUCCACGAGGACUGAUGAGGUUGCAAUGGUAAAUAAACAUUUAGAUCCUUUUCUUGUUUUAUAUCUUUUCCCCAUAAGGCUUAACCUCUGACACACUGUCAUGGAAGAACAGGAUCUGUGCAAUGCCCUGGCUUUUAAACAGUCCUUGGGAGGUGCCCCUUCAGUGCACUAGACCCCCCCUAGGGGUCCCACUCUUCCAGAAGGAUAGGCCAUGUAGCUUCAGCACCUGAGGCCUGGUCUACACUACGACUUUAAUUCGGUUUUAUCAGCGUUAAUUCGAAUUUACCCUGCAACCGUCCACUCAACGACGCCAUUUAUUUCGAAAUAAAGGGCCCUUUAAAUCGAUUUCUGAACUCCACCCCGACGAGCAGAGUAGUGCCAAAAUCGAUUUUAACAUUUCGAAUUAGGGAUAGUGUGGCCGUAAUUCGAUGGUAUUGGCCUCCGGGAGCUAUCCCACAGUGCAUCAUUGUGACCGCUCUGGACAGCAAUCUAAACUCGGAUGCACUGUCCAGGUAGACAGGAAAAGCCCCGCGAACAUUUGAAUUUCAUUUCCUGUUUGCCCAGCGUGGAGAGCACAGGUGACCACAGAUAGCUCAUCAGCACAGGUAACCAUGCAGGCCAAUAAUCGAAAAAGAGCACCAGCAUGGACCGUGAGGGAGGUACUGGAUCUGAUCGCUAUAUGGGGAGAGGAUUCAGUGCUAGCAGAACUUCGUUCUAAAAGACGAAAUGCCAAAACUUUUGAAAAAAUCUCCAAGGGCAUGAUGGAGAGAGGCCACAAUAGGGACUCAGAUCAGUGCCGCAUGAAAGUCAAGGAGCUCAGACAAGCCUAUCAAAAAACAAAGGAGGCAAACGGUCGCUCUGGGUCAGAGCCGCGGACAUGCCGCUUCUACGCCGAGCUGCAUGCAAUUCUAGGGGGGGCCACCACCACUACCCCACCUGUGAUCGUGGAUUCCGGGUCGGGGAUAGUCUCAUCAGCGACACCUGAGGAUUCUGCCGAUGGGAGAGAGGAGGAGGAGGAGGAGCUUGCAGAGAGCACACAGCACUCCGUUCUCCCCAACAGCCAGGAUCUUUUUAUCACCCUGACUGAAGUACCCUCCCAACCCAGUAUCCAAGACCAUGACCCCAUGGAAGGGACCUCAGCAGCUGCAAAUUCCUCAAGCCUCCCUCCUCCAUCCCGAAGGCUAUCACAGAUAAGGCGUCGUAAAAAGAAGACGCGAGACGAGAUGUUUGCAGAAAUUAUGGAAUCCAGCCGCAGUGACAGAGCUCAUCUGAAUGAGUGGAAGGAAACAGUUUCAAAGUAUAGGAAAGAAGCCAGUGAACGUGAGGACAGGAGGGACCAACGUGAGGACAGGAGGGACCAACGUGAGGAGAGGAGAGACGCUCGAGAUGAGAGGUGGCGGCAGGAAGAUCAGAGGAGGCAGGAUGCAACGCUGGGGCUGCUGCGUGAGCAAACAGACAUGCUCCGGCGUCUGGUGGAGCUUCAGGAACGGCUGCAGGAAAACAGACUGCCGCUACAGCCCCUGUACCCCCCCCAUGUUCCAUGUCCUCCUCACCCAGACGUGUAAGAACGCGAGGGGGGGGGAGGCUCCGUACACCUUCCCAUUCCACCCCAGUGGACAGCCCAAGCAAAAGGCUGUCAUUUUUUUAACCUUUUUUUAGUGGCCUUUUCCUUCCCACCGAUCCUCCUCCCAAAUCCCACCCGGGUUCCCUCCCUCUUUUUCUAAUCUAUUAAUAAAGAAUAAAUGAUUUUUAAAUGA